AUGAACAACAACUUCCUUCUCCUGCUUCCGGAGUUCAUCGUCACCGGCCUGGCUUUUGUCGUGCUGGGGCUGGACUUGUUUUUGCCGGAGCGUCGGAAGUGGGUGCUGCCGAUUGUUGCGGUUGUGGGGCUUGUCGUGGCGCUCGUCGUAUCGCUGCGGUAUCUGUGGGGGGUGAGCGAUUCGCUGUAUGACGGCGUGAUCCGUGUGGAUGGGUAUGCGCUGUUCUUCAAGGCGUUCUUCAUUGCGCUGGGCGGCGUGGUGGUGCUGGUGUCGGUGGACUUCGUGCGGCGCAACCUGGAGCAUCCGGGCGAAUACUAUGGCAUCCUGCUGUUCACCGUGGUCGCCAUGAUGCUGCUUGCGGCGUCGGGGGAGUUGCUGACGGCGUAUAUAUCGCUGGAGCUGCUGAGCUUCGGGCUGUAUGUGCUAGUGGCUUACGACCGCUACAACGCGAAGUCGAAUGAGGGCGCGACCAAGUACAUCCUGCUGGGAGCUUUCUCGUCGGCGCUGCUGCUCUUUGGCAUCAGCCAGGUGUAUGGGCUGCUGGGCACAACUCGGUUCGAUGAGAUUAGCAGUGCGCUUUCGUCUGCGGACGCGCUGAGUCCGGGGCUGAUACUGGGGAUUGCGCUGAUAAUCGCGGGGCUUGGGUUCAAGGUAGCUGCGGUGCCGUUCCACAUGUGGGCGCCGGACGCUUAUGAGGGCGCGCCGAUACCGAUUACGGCGCACCUUGCGGUGGGGUCGAAGGCUGCGGCGUUCGCGCUGGUGCUGCGGCUUUUCGCAGAGGCGUUCAUGCCCAUCGUGGAGCAGUGGCAGAUACUGCUGAUAGGUCUCGCCGUGAUAACGAUGCUGCUGGGCAACCUUGUCGCACUGGCGCAGCGCAACCUGAAGCGACUGUUGGCGUACUCCAGCGUGGGGCAGGUGGGCUACCUGCUGAUGGGCGUCGCCGCGCUCGCCGCGACUGGCUCAGGCGGCAUCAUGCUGCACCUUGUCGCGUAUGCCGUAACGAAUAUGGCGGCGUUCCUGUGUCUUGCAGCUAUCUACAACAUCACGGGGCGGGACGACAUUGCCGGCAUGGCGGGUGUUGCUCGGCGCGCGCCGCUGGUGGGGCUGGUCUUCGCAGUGUCGCUGUUCUCGCUGGCAGGGUUGCCGAUAUUCGUGGGCUUCACGAGCAAGUUCUACCUGUUCAACGCCGCUGCCGCGCAGGGGCUGCUGUGGGUCGCUGGGAUUGCCAUAUUCUCCAGCCUGAUUUCACUGUAUUACUACCUUCAGGUGGUGCGGCAGCUUUACAUCGAGCCUGCGGAGGACGCGGCGCCGAUACCCGUGCCGCGCCUGACGCUGGGUGUGCUGGGGGCGCUGUUCGCGGGCAUGGUCGGACUAGGAGUGUAUCCGGCGCCGCUGAUGGAGGCGGUGCAGUAUGCGAGCGAUGCGCUGUUUUAG